GACUCCCCUUGCCUCCUCGCACCUCCUCGCCCUGCUGGUGUUGGUGUCGCUUUUCCUUGUUCCCCCCCCUCGCGGCCACGCCUGGAUCAACCCAGAUGGGGUUCACCCGCCAGGGGCUGCGGAGGCGGCCGCGCUCCGGAGCGGGUGGCACGGGUGCGGCCCACGAUGUGAUACCCCGGAGGGCCGCUUUCUUCGGCGCUCUGGCUCAAGCUGUGUCGGGCUAGAACCAUUCUGGUUGUGCAUAUCCGCUACCAGAACCAGGUGGCGAGUCCACGCACGAGCUCCUCCGGAGGGCUCUCAAGAGGCAGUGGCCCUGUGUUUCGUGACACAGGCCCAAUGAGAAUUGUGGUGAUGCCGGCUGCGCCUGGCAACUCUUCCGUGCUGUUGGCCUUGAAGGCGGCCGUGGACGCGUUUCGCGCCUUCCUUGCGGCCGACCCUUGGCUCCAGCGUACAGAGUACCUACCAGCGUGUACUCCAGUCCUUUCUGUGUCGUGGGCCGAUCGCAUCAAUGCCAUGUUUUGUAUCGAGGCGGCGCAACUGCUGAACAAUAUUUCUCGAGAUUUGCGCCUCGACUUCUGAACAGUGACCAAAGGAUGCGCGUGUUGACUCACGAGAUGUUCGUAGCGGAGAUUGAUGAGAUCGAGAAAGAGAGAGACUGGUUGCACGAAGCAUGGUUCGAGUCGUGCCAGGCAGACGAGGACAGAAUGCGCUUUGUGAAACAGAGAAUCGCGCUUGAGUCUCUUCAAUUGUUCAUAUGUGAUCUGGUUUACCAACGCAUUGUGGAGUUGUUUGGCGACGAAGGCGGCACCAUCUCUUGGUCCCGGUUCGGCAUGACCAUCGCCAGUCGCGGUCUCUGCUCCUUUGUGUCUGGUCGCACGAUUGAUCCAACUGGUUUGAUCGACGACAUUCUCUUGGACCGGAGCCGCAUGCAUAGCAAGGGCCUACGCGCUGCACGCUUCUAGUUCGUACCACAUCAACGACGUAGAGCUGUGCUACAAGAAGCUUGUAGCUUGGUAUUUACUGGUCUAGGAUAUGGUCGUAGCAAUAACAUACAUUUAAGUAUGUUAAUGCUGUCUCUCGUGAUCGCAGCCAAGGGGUCUGGCCAUACAGAGUUUUGACCUUGCUUGCGAAGGGCAUCAGAUCUUCGCGUGAGUUCGUGCCUAUUGUGGCUCACGAGUUGUCUUGCAGUCUUAUCUAUUCGGAAUCAUGCGUGCUGCUGAAAAAGUUGCGCAAUUCGGCGGCGAGCAAGGGGGAAAGAGAGAAAGCGAGAAGGCCUUCUAAGAAGGCGGCGGGACUUCUCAGAAGCCUUCGCGCCUUUGGGAGGUUUUCUGUGUCUUCGGGGAAGGCUCGGGCAACUUCUCAGAAGGCCGGAUGAUUUCCGAGCCUUCUGAGAAGGGCCCCCUCUUCUCAUUUUUCCCCCAUGCUCGCCGCCGAGUAGUGGGAGAAGUAUAGUCGGGGCGGGAAGUUGUGCAC